UGUCAAAAAUGUUUAUUCUCAGCUCAGUGCGAAUCUGCGAAUACAUUUAAAAAAUAAAACAAUUAAGUACAUAAGAAAAUUCCAAUUUCAUAAAACCGCUUUCUUGUCUUCAUCUUGAUUUCAAGUUUAUCACUGGUCAAAGCACAAUAGUUGACCAUGUCGGUUAGUGCCAACGGUUAUUCUGAAGACGAUAUCGAAGUCUUGGAUCCCAUCACUGAUAUUGUUGAUUAUUUAGUAAGGUGCGCAAAAAUUUCAAUAAAAACUGCUCACGUCAAUGAAACAGAAUUACGAACACGGGACAAAAUUAAGCUGGCCUGUGAUCUCUUCAGAAGAGCGCCAACCGAUUUCUUACUCCAAUUUGGUAAAUAUUUAGCUCCACAUCACAUAGAAUACUUUGAUAAUUAUCAGCCAGAUAGCGAGGCUAGGAAAUAUCGGGAAUGUAUUAAAGAAUUGAAACGAUAUCAUUCGGAUGAUACAAGGCAUAAAAGAGUGAGAAACCGCAGGUACAAUGCAUUGAAGAAGCUGCAAGAUGAAUCUGAUUACUUUACUGAAAAGCAAAUGAUGUACCGAAGUCCUCUGUUGUAUGAUCAAUUAGUGGGGCAAUACUUGACAGAAGCAGAAAUAAAGGAGCGAGAUGGAGUAGAUACUGAAAAUCUUACAUUCCUAAACUUAAUAUUGGAAACUGUUGACAGAAAUCAAAUGAGACAAACAAAAGACCAACAGAUGCUUGAAGAGGAAAUAGAGUCCAUGGAUAUUAAUGGGCCAAAAGAAAAUCAUGAUGAAGAUAAACAGUUUAAGAAAAAGCAAUGGGGUGAGUUUGAUGAUGAUGUAAAACCUGAGUCUUCUUCUAAGCCUGACAUGCGGACCCAGAAUACAAUAAGUGCUCCAGAAAGAAGGCUCCUUAGAGAGGAAUUCUUGCAAGAGAUGUACUCCAGCUUUGUGGAGGGUAGAGAUGAUAUAGACUACACUACCAUAGACAAUGAUGAGCAGUAUGAUGACUUGAAGCAAGUUUCACAAGAUGCUGAAGACAAGUACUUUGAUUCAGAGCCGAAUGACUCGGAGAACCUGGAGGAACACAUGAAACUGGUCACGGAGUAUGGACGGAAGAACUCCGCUGAGAGUGGAGAAGACCCAUUAGAUUUAUUUAUGGAACAUCUUAAUAAAAGGCAUGUUGAGAGUUGAAA